AUGUUACCCCUCGCUGUACUGAGGACUUUGAAAGGUAAACGGAAUCUAAAACGAGGGAAAGGAGUAAACAGUACUGAGACGUUGAGAACAGAGGACUCUACAACUAUAGCGCGCCAUCAACAUCAGUGUUUGUCAUUGGUUUUUGAAUAAGAUCUUCCUACAAUUGCAAUUGGAGAAGGAAUACCGGUUAUUCAACUAGUUAUCCAUUUGACUGUUUUAUUGAAUUGUCUUCGCAUCGUCUUCAUCCUAAAAGGGAUGCAUUUGUUGAGCAUGUCCACCAAAUGGCCGACCUAUGAUUCCCGCUCCUCCACCCCCAGCUUCCUCCUCAGCGAGAGCGACGUGACUGAGGACGAGGCAGACAUUGAUGUCUUCAACUCCGAAAGUGAGGGAGAUAGCUCAGGGGGUGGCAAGACCUGCUCAGUACCCUUCUCCCUGGCCGGGGGUGGCGAGGCAGCCCCUAGGUUACACUGGUCCAUGGCUGGGAGUGGACAAGCAAAAUGCUUUCCUCACACCACCACCUACCCAUCCAUGGUGGCUUCCCCUGGCAGUGCUGCGUUAAGCACAAAGGGAAGCACAGAGGAGACCAUGCAAGGAGACCUGGCCUUCGCUCAGAAAUGUUCAGAGCUGCGAAGGUUUAUCAGACCCCUGUUGGAGCUUCUGAAUGGACUCAAGACGGGGAGAUUUGAGAGAGGACUUAGCAGUUUCCAGUCGAGCGUUGCCAUCGACAGACUCCAGAGGAUCCUGGGUAUUCUUCAGAAACCUGAAAUGGGAGAGAAAUUCCUCCGCACCCUCCUGCAGGUAGAGAUGAUGCUGAAGAUGUGGUUCCCCCAUGUGACCCCUGUCGCUGCCACCCAGAAACCCACACCCAGUCUUCCGCCACGAUGGCACCAAAAUCAGCUGUGCAUGCCAGUCAAGAAGCGCAAGCUUAGCUGGUUGGACUCUGACUUCCCCAGUGCCGCCGCACCCAGUUGCAAGCGCCUGCAGCGCGAGGACAAUUACCAGGAAAUGACCUCACAAGACUCUUGCCCGUUGAGCAGAGACACCUAUAACCCGUCAUGUCUGACUGUCAGCAAGAGAAGAAAGGGAAAUAAGAGGCUUGAAAUGUCACCUUGCUCAGCAUGUGGUAGCCCAGCCACACAAGACAGCCGUGUCUCCUCAACCCUCCUGGUGUUUCACUCACAUCAGCUCUCCCUCCAUGGACAUCAGCCACAGAGGUGCCACGGCAGGCCUGGCACAGUGAAGACAGAGACAGAUAUUGCAUCAGUGGAAACCCAAAGGAGGGGUCAGUCUAUCCCCAUAUUACUGAGGUCCAUGAAACAAGAGCCGGAGUAGAGGAUAUUAAACUGAACUCGGAAGUCAUUGCACCGUUUGACCAUUUUUUGUCAGUGUUGGAGAGUUAUUUUUUUUUUUAUUGAAAUGUACCUGGGAAUAUUUUUUUAUGGUUGAUGUGAUAAAGCAGUGGUUUAAUUUUUCAAUUUUUAUUUUAUUUUUUAUACUGAUUUGAAAGAAGAUAAUUUUUGUAUUUCAGAAUUAUCAACACAAAUACAAUCACAUGAACCAAUUUGUAAGUCGCUCUGGAUAAGAGCGUCUGCUAAAUGACUUAAAUGUAAAUGUAAAUGUAAAUACACUAUGCAGAAAUAUAAAAGAAAGUAACAUAGCUCAAGAUUUAUGGAAUACCUUUUAACCUUACAUAAACUCAGUUAGUUAUGAUAAAGUUAUCAAUAGUAGUGAAGCAUAAAACAUUGACAAUACAAUGAAAAACAUUACAAGAACCUGUUAAUCUUUCAGCGGCUCCAGCACAGGGAACAGUGAAAAAGGCAGCUGAUACAACUGCCACUAAACCUCUGCCAACCAGUGGCAACAAAACCAUUGCUUUUAUUACACACUCUGCCGAGUCUGUUAGCCACAGUUUAAUGUAACUAUUGACUAAAUCCACCUCAGUGUGAAUACUAACAAACCCAGUAGCAUGCAACUGGAAUGACAGCAACCACUAAGAACUACGAGAGGAGAAAUAACAACUGUUAGAUUUAAGGUAUUACUCAUAAAAUAGGUCUGCUUGAAAAUCCUGGGUGAGGACUAGAGCAUAUUCAUUGGCUUAAUGCUUUCUAAUUUCAUUGAUUUAUUUGAUAAAAUACAUUUGUCCUUUAUUUUUUUGAUACGUUUGUCAGUUUUCUAUGGUGUGAAAAGAAAAUAAUUUUGACGAAUAAGUCAUCGCCAAAACUAUUUUGCACAUGAAUAUUUUACAUUUGAUAACAAAUGAAUUUGUACCUUAUAAAUGUUACUAUUGUGACGACGCAAAACACAAAUAAUUUUGAAUCUUCUAGAAGUGUUUCUAUUGGAUUGGGAGAAAAUACGUAAAAACCUGUCAUUAGGCCAUUGGGUAUUUGAACCACAAUGUUUUUGCUUAGCAAUUAUCAUUCAUGUUGAAUGACUCUAUCCCUGGCCACUUUCAGAGAGUCUCUUGAGCUGUAACUAUCUAGAUGGGGAUAGGGGGGAAACCAAGAAUAGCUGGGUACUGAUUUGAUCUACUGACUUAAAGAUUUUUUUUUAACGACAACAGUUAAGCCUAAUACAGGACAACCGAAACAUCAUGAUCAAAAUCAAAUCAACAUUUUGUGAAUGUGUGUGGGUUUUGUAUGGGAAUGUCAGUGUUGUGUGAGUCAGUGUUUGUACGUAUAGUCUAGUGAGUGUGCAUGGGGUCAGUCAGUGCGAGAUAGUCAGUGCAGAUUUUUUGGGUGUCAUUAAUUGACUAUUUAGCAGUCUUAUGGCUUGGGGGUGAGUUACCAUACUGGUAGUAUGUGUUAUUGUUCUUAACCAUGCCAAGGAAAGGCCCAGGUAGAGGACAACAGAGAGAUCACUGCAUUAGUAAAUACAGGUUACUGUGUUCAGGCAAUGCACAACCCUUCCUAUAAACUGUUCAAACAGCCCGUUGGGGAGUUGUUUAUUUUUAUUUUUCCCGUGAGGGAAUAUUCUAAUUUCAUGUCAUGUUUUUGGUGUAUGUAGAUCCUAUGUUUUGCACAUUUUCUCUGUAUAUCAAAAGAGGACAGAUGGUUGGGCUGAGAAGGAUAUUUUGCUGUUUAAUGUUGUCUUCCUUGAUUCAAUCCAUUUCCUUUGCCUCCGCUCUUCCCAACUCUUCCCAACACCCUCCAUCACAUUUUUUGGUUGGGCAUAAUAUAAGUGUUUUGGUUAUACACAAUGUACUUGUGCUUAAUAUUUUAUAUAUAAUUGUUUCAGACCUAAAUUGUUUUUGAUAAAUUGUACCCUUUUUGCUAAAAUAAAGUCAUGUUUUUGUUAAUCAGAA